UCCCUAAUUUUCCAUGGACUUUUCAAUCUCUUCAAUGGCGAAAUGAGACUGAAAUUGGUAGCAGAGGUACGGCGGUGGACGACGCUUUUAUUCCAGAUCAGAUGGAUCCCUUAGAGGAUUCUAGUUGUUGGGAUUUUCUUGAUUGCUCCUUCUUCGUCGACGGCGACAAUCUUAUUAACCCUUCGCUCGAUCCUCUAUGGCUGCCUAAUGAUUCCAGGGAUAGUUGUGCGGAGACUGAUGUUUCAGCCGGGCGUGUUGAAUCUGAAGAAAACGAUUGUUCGCGGAAGAGGGCACGAGAUGGGUCGUGCGCUGGACCAACUUCAAAAGCUUGUCGCGAGAGGUUGCGGAGGGAGAAAUUAAAUGAUAGGUUUCUUGACUUGAGCAUUGCUUUAGAACCUAGUAGACCUACCAAAACUAACAAGCCAGCCAUACUUGAUGAUGCCAUUAGAGUGUUAAAUCAACUUAAGAAUGAAGCCGAAGACCUCAAACAAACUAAUGAAAAGUUGCGCGAAGAAGUGGAGUGUUUAAAGGCAGAGAAGAAUGAUCUUCGGAAAGAGAAAAUCAUUUUGAAGGAAGACAAAGAAAGAAUGGAACAACAGUUGAAAUCUGUAGCCAUUCCACCUCCAGGGCUUAUCCCUGGUCAUCCAGCUGCAUAUCAUGCUGCUCAAGGUAAGAUGGCUGUUUUUCCUGGUUAUAGUUUGAUCCCAAUGUGGCAAUAUCUUCCUCCAUCAGUACGAGAUACAUCUCAAGAUCAUGAGCUCAGGCCCCCUGCUGCAUAGUUUAUUUUGCCACCUUUAAAUAUUAGAGUUUCUCUUUCUUUCAUCCAUCCAUUUUUGGUUCACCAACAUGUAAGUAUUUCUCUCAACACAUUUCCCGAUUGUUCUUGAAAACAAUUAGUUCCAAAAUGGAAGCAGAAUUUGCAAGGACUACUGUUUGAUACUCUUUUUUUUAUUGAAUUAGUUUCAACUCAA